AUGGCCCGCGUUCACCUUGACUUCCCGUGCCGCCUCCGCCGCACCAUCAGGCCGCCGACACUGCUCUCCUUCGGCCGCCGCCGCUACCCCCAUACCCGCCGCCCGUCCACCCUCUUCGUCUUCGUCCAGCACCAGCUCGUCGCCAGUGUUGCCGUCAUCUUUCCCAACCACUUCGUCUACUUCGACCACCUAAUUUGCUCAUAUUUCCAACGCAUCCCGGACCACCUCCUGUACGAGAUGUUCCUCCGGCUAACCACCUCCGAAGAUCUCACCCGCGCCUCCGCCGUCUGCGUCUCCCUCCGCCAAAUCUGCGUCGACGGCUCCUUCCUCCGACGCUUCCGUCGCCUCCACGGCCCUCCCCUCCUCGGAUUCCUCGACUGCAACGGCUUCCAUCCAGUCCUGCCGCCUCACUCGUCUGCGCCCGCCGCCCGCGCGCUCGACCUCGCCGCCGACUUCUCCUUCUCCUUCCUCCCCUCCCCCUGCCACUGGAUCGUGCAGGACAUGCGCGCCGGUCGCGUCCUCCUCGACCGGGACCUCGGAGAAGAGGAGUUUCCCGCGGUCUUCAGGGAGCUCGUGGUGUGCGACCCCAUGUGCCGGCGGUACGUGCUGCUCCCCCCGGUUCCUGACGACCUAACCGCUUCGCUUGAGCAACCUGUCCGCAUGAUACGGGUCCGGUGCAAGCCCUUCCUCGUUCCCCUCGGCGAGGAGGAGACGGCGGCGCCAGAGACAACAUUCAGAGCGGAGGAGGCGGCGGCGCGGGAGACAACAUUCAGAGUGGUCUUGAUGGCACACUGCAAAACUAGUCUGUCUGCCUUCGUCUUCUCUUCGAGCACCGGACAAUGGCAAGCCGCUGCAUCAAAUGGUUGGAGUGAUUUGGUCAGUAGCACAGGCGACCGGGCCGCCAUGUCACAGGUCAACCCUUUUUUUCUCAGGCGCCAUUAUGCUUAUGGCUGCUUUUACUGGGACUGGCUGACGAUCAACAGCAAAAAGUUACUCGCGCUUGACAUCAGGACGAUGGAGUUCUCCAUUGCUGAGCUCCCACCUGGAGAGUGGAGCAAGAAUGGAAUAGCCAUUGUGGAGGCAGGGGAAGGCAGGCUUGGGAUGUUUGGUUUCCAUGGUGAAAUUGCAUCUAGCCUCAGCUAUACCAUUGCGCAAAACAAAGGCAAGAGUCCCAGCCAGUGGCAGGUGGAGAAGAUAGUCUCACAAGAUUCUGGGUACGCAUAUAGUAUCAGAGCUGCAACAGAGAGGUACUUGCUCUUGACAAAGAUAGAAGCCUCAUCUCUAGAGAAUCGACUCCUGUCUCUAGAGAAGCCACUCUUUGAAUAUUUCUUAAUGGAUGUCAAGACGUUGCAGCUUCAGAGGGUUUAUAAGAAACAAGACUAUCUUGCGUAUGACACAUACAUAUAUAUAAACUUCCCACCAUCAUUGUUGUCUUCAAGGACAGUAUGA